GACAGAGCGAGAUCCUGUCUCUAAAAAACAGAAACGACAAACCAUGCUCCAGGAAAGGUGCUAUUUGUUGUUACGACCCACUCAGGACCCCUAGGUAUUUGGCAGGGUGGCUGUCUGUGGUCUUGGGAGGUCACUAGAAUCCUACCCCAGGAAGAUCCUCCAGGGACCCAGAUCCAAAGAGACCAGUGUGGCUGUGGUUUGUGGCACAAGCCACAGGAGAGACCAGGCUGGAAAGGCUGGGAACGGGAGGAUGAGUGAGCUGGGGCCAGGCUGGGGAGGCCUCAAAUGCCAGGACAAGGAGCUCAGACUUGAUCCAGCUGGUGACGGGGGUCGGGGUGGGAUGGGGUAUUAGAGCAGAGGAGGGAUGAACUGAGAGCUGUGGUUUGGGGUUUUAAGCAGACAGCAUGGGGCAGAUGGAGAGGUGCAGAAAGGGGGUGAUGAGGGUCUGCAGGGGGUGUGGCGUGGAAAGUGGAGGGCAUGGAGAGAAUCAUGGGGUAGUGGAGAGUCGGCGCUGGGGCUCUGGACCAGCUGACAUGGAGGCAGACGACGGCAGUGCACGGGGUUUUUAAUCACCUCUUUGUACCUUGAAGCCUCUGCCCAUCAGAACCCUGGAGCCCAGCAGCCAGGUACUUGCCUGUGACCGACCCAUUCCAGCUGAGUGGUGUGUGGCCGGUCCCCUAAGUCUCAGCCACCUGUUGUUAGGGCUGGAAAGAAACAAAACAGCUCUAAGUGGACAAGGGUCUCUGAUUCAAAUGGGUCCCUAGUUCACUGGAGCCACCUCCCCACCUCUGACUCCUUGGGGGUAUUCGCCUUUGAAUUUAGGAAUUUCCAACUUUCUGUUCAACAGCCCUGCCCUUUGGUGUGGGGACCGAGGGUCGGGACCCAGAGAGGGUGUUGCUAGGCUGACGAUGACACCUUCAGAGGAAGCGAGACCACCCCCCCCCCACUCCUUCCCCCAUCCUCUUUGUCACGGCUGUGUUUUAUUUUUUUUUAAUCGAAAGCUCUAACUUUGUGAUUUAAUGAGGUGUGGUGAUGAAGGACCCAGCCCUGGCGUCAGACCACGUGGUUUGAAUCUCAGCUCUGCUAGUCAUGCAGCCGGGGCUGCGUUUCUUCAUUUCUCAGCGCCUCCAUUUCUUCAUCUCUGAAAUGGGGUUAGUAAUGGCCCCGGUUACUGUGAGCCUUAGAUGAGAUGAUGAGCGGCAAGUGAUGCCUGGUUCUUCCAGACAAUGGCUACCACUUUCUGACACCUGUACAUCACUACAUGCCUGGCCUGACUUGGCUGGGCUCUAGAGCUUGGGCGCUUUUGGCCACACCACUCUGUCUCCUGACAGUACCUAUCCUUUGCUCCUGAACUAUUUGAAAUGUCAGGAAGACGAGGCUUUGUCCUUGGACGGGUGGCAGAAGGCUAGGGUGUGGCCAAGUUAUCAGGAUGCUUCCUCUCUCUCCAAAUAGGGUUUCCCUCGACCACCUAGUCCCACGGUGCUCUAAGAAAGAAUCAUCAUAAUUCCAGCCUCCUUUCCUCCCCCUGGGCCCCCAAACCUCUCCAUCUGCUCCAGGUGCCCUGCGAUCAGUGGCAGGACCAUCGCUAUGUAAAUGUCUGUGCAAAUGCACCGUCAUCAAGCACCAGUUCUCCGGCAAGACAGGACUACCUCCUGACAGCAUCACUUCCCAGCCAUGGAGCCCAGGGUGAGGACCGUCUGCUUCCUGUUCUUCCUGCUAUGGGUCCUGGCUGAGCCGGCUGAGAACUCGGACUUCCACCUGCCUGGGGAUUACCUCCUGGGUGGCCUCUUCACCCUCCAUGCCAACAUGAAGGGCAUCGUCCACCUCAACUUCCUGCAGGUGCCCAUGUGCAAGGAGUACGAAGUGAAGUUGAGUGGCUACAACCUCAUGCAGGCCAUGCGCUUCGCGGUGGAGGAGAUCAACAAUGACAGCAGCCUGCUGCCUGACGUGCGGCUGGGCUACGAGAUGGUGGAUGUGUGCUACGUCUCCAACAAUGUCCAGCCGGUGCUCUACUUCCUGGCACAGGAGGACAACCUCCUUCCCAUCCAAGAGGACUACAGUAACUACGUGCCCCGUGUGGUGGCUGUCAUUGGCCCUGAAAACUCCGAGUCUGUCACGACUGUGGCCAACUUCCUCUCCCUCUUUCUCCUUCCACAGAUCACCUACAGCGCCAUCAGCGACCAGCUGCGAGACAAGCAGCGCUUCCCGGCCCUGCUGCGCACCACGCCCAGCGCCAAGCACCACAUCGAGGCCAUGGUGCAGCUGAUGCUGCACUUCCGCUGGAACUGGAUCAGUGUGCUGGUGAGCAGCGACACCUACGGCCGCGACAACGGCCAGCUGCUGGGCGAUCGCCUGGCCGGCGGCGACAUCUGCAUCGCCUUCCAGGAGACGCUGCCCACACUGCAGCCCAACCAGGACAUGAUGCCGGAGGAUCGCCAGCGCCUGGUGAGCAUCGUGGAGAAGCUGCAGCAGAGCACGGCGCGCGUCGUGGUCGUGUUCUCGCCCGACCUGACCCUGUACGACUUCUUCAGGGAGGUGCUGCGCCAGAACUUCACAGGCGCCGUGUGGAUUGCCUCCGAGUCCUGGGCCAUCGACCCGGUCCUGCACAACCUCACAGGGCUGCACCGCACGGGCACCUUCCUGGGCAUCACCCUACAGAACGUGCCCAUCCCAGGCUUCAAUGAGUUCCGCGUGCGGGGCCCACAGGCCGGGCCGACACACCAGAGGUCUACCUGCAACCAGGAGUGCGACACCUGCUUGAACUCCACCUUGUCCUUCAACACCAUUCUCAGGCUCUCUGGGGAGCGCGUCGUCUACAGUGUGUAUUCUGCGGUCUACGCCGUGGCCCACGCCCUGCACAGCCUCCUCGGCUGUGACCACAGCGCCUGCACCAAGAGGGUGGUCUACCCCUGGCAGCUGCUUGAGGAGAUCUGGAAGGUCAACUUCACUCUCCUGGACCACCAAAUCUCCUUCGACCCACAAGGGGACGUGGCCCUGCACUUGGAGAUUGUCCAGUGGCAAUGGGACCUGAGCCAGAAUUUCUUCCAGAGCGUCGCCUCCUACAGCCCCCUGCAGGGACACCUGAAGGACAUCCAAGACAUCUCCUGGCACACGGUCAACAACACGAUCCCUGUGUCCAUGUGUUCCAAGAGGUGCCAGUCAGGGCAGAAGAAGAAGCCCGUGGGCAUCCACACCUGCUGUUUCGAGUGCAUUGACUGCCCUCCAGGGACCUUCCUCAAUCAGACUGCAAAUGAAUAUGAUUGCCAGGCCUGCCCAAGUAACGAGUGGUCCCACCAGAGUGAGACCUCCUGCUUCAAGCGGCGGCUCUCUUUCCUGGAAUGGCACGAGGCAGCCACCAUCGCUGUGGCCCUGCUGGCCGCCCUGGGCUUCCUCAGCACCCUGGCCAUCCUGGUGAUAUUCUGGAGGCACUUCGAGACGCCCAUGGUUCGCUCAGCUGGAGGCCCCAUGUGCUUCCUGAUGCUGACGCUGCUGCUGGUGGCGUACAUGGUGGUCCCGGUGUACGUGGGGCUGCCCAAGGUCUCCACCUGCCUCUGCCGCCAGGCCCUCUUCCCCGUCUGCUUCACCAUCUGCAUCUCCUGCAUCGCCGUGCGCUCCUUCCAGAUCGUCUGCGUCUUCAAGAUGGCCAGCCGCUUCCCGCGCGCCUACAGCUACUGGGUCCGCUACCAGGGCUCCUACGUCUCUGUGGCGUUUAUCACGGCACUCAAGAUGGUCACUGUGGUGAUCAGUUUGCUGGCUACGGGCCUCAACCCCACCACCCGCACUGACACCGAUGACCCCAAGAUCAUGAUCAUCUCCUGUAACCCCAACUACCGCAACAGCCUGCUGUUCAACACCAGCCUGGACCUGCUGCUCUCGGUGGCGGGUUUCAGCUUCGCCUACAUGGGCAAGGAGCUGCCCACCAAUUACAACGAGGCCAAGUUCAUCACCUUCAGCAUGACCUUCUAUUUCACCUCGUCCGUCUCCCUCUGCACCUUCAUGUCUGUCUACGAUGGGGUGCUGGUCACCAUCGUGGACCUCUUGGUCACCGUGUUCAACCUCCUGGCCAUCAGUCUGGGCUACUUCGGCCCCAAGUGCUACAUGAUCCUCUUCUACCCGGAGCGCAACACGCCAGCCUACUUCAACAGCAUGAUCCAGGGUUACACCAUGAGGCGGGACUAGCGCCGCCCAGGGGCAUCCGGGAGGGAGGGCCUCGGUGUUGGGAGGCGGAAGCUGGGGGUCUUGCUGGUUCAACGCCAGAGGGAGGCAGGGAAGCCAUCCCCAACUUUUCCCACCUUGCCCUGGUUUCUGAUUUAACAGUCCUUGGCGGUUCUCUGCAUCGGGGCCAUUUCUGCCCACUUAGUGAUGGAUGCCUUAAAACAUCCACUUUGUUCCUUUCCCUUGACCAAUUUUAAUUGUCAGGCACUGCCACCUUCUUCAAGAAAAAAACCACCCAAGGUGACCUAUUGGUCUCCAAUGACAGUCUGAUUUAGCAGCCUCCAGCCGCCAUCUGGCGGUCACAGUGGGCAUCUGCGGUUGCAGCUCAUUCCCUUCACUCAAGUUCAAGGCUAAGGGAAGCCCUGGUGGGUGCUGGGCUGGGCUGGACCAGGGUUGGUGUGGGCUGGUGGGGCCUGCCGGUCAGCCUGUGAGCUCGGAUAGUUCAGCCAUGGCUCCAUUCGCCAGCUGUCUCACGUGUCCGUUCCCUUUCCUUAUUCCUGAAGAGCUUGGGCCCAGAUCCUUGGGUUAUGUCUCAGGGCUGGCCACGCAUAGCAUGCUUCCCAGAUGCUUGUGAAUAAACCCCCCUUGGGUGAAAUGAA